AAGAGACAAGUGACGUUGCUGAUAGUUGCCAGGUUAGAAUCUUAGAUGACUUGUUAGUUUCUUGGUUUUCAGGAAGAGUAACGUUUUUCAAAAUAAAUCCAAUUGAUUCAGUUUGAUAAUCAACAUAUUAAUUUGUUAGAAUGGGACAAAAUCAGUCUGGGCCUGGAGGAAGUGACAAGAAAGAAGAGAAAGACAAAAAGAAAAAGUAUGAACCCCCAAUUCCCACUAGGGUUGGUAAAAAGAAAAGACGUACAAAAGGACCAGAUACAGCUUUAAAACUUCCUGCAGUAACACCUCAUACUCGAUGCAGACUAAAAUUAUUGAAGUUGGAAAGAAUAAAGGACUAUUUACUGAUGGAAGAAGAAUUUAUCCGUAACCAGGAAAGACUGAAACCACAAGAAGAAAAAAAUGAAGAGGAGCGAUCAAAAGUGGACGAUCUUAGAGGGACCCCAAUGUCCGUUGGCACUUUGGAAGAAAUAAUUGAUGAUAACCAUGCAAUUGUUUCUACCUCUGUUGGUAGUGAACAUUAUGUAAGCAUUCUCUCAUUUGUAGACAAAGAUCAGUUAGAACCAGGUUGUUCAGUUCUUUUGAAUCAUAAGGUGCAUGCAGUGGUAGGUGUUUUGGGAGAUGAUACAGAUCCAAUGGUAACAGUAAUGAAACUAGAAAAAGCUCCUCAAGAAACAUAUGCGGAUAUUGGUGGUCUAGACACACAGAUUCAAGAAAUUAAAGAAUCUGUUGAAUUGCCUCUAACACACCCAGAAUAUUAUGAAGAAAUGGGUAUUAAACCACCAAAAGGUGUUAUUCUCUAUGGACCUCCAGGUACAGGAAAAACAUUACUAGCAAAAGCUGUUGCCAAUCAGACAUCAGCAACAUUCUUAAGAGUUGUCGGCUCCGAACUGAUCCAAAAAUAUUUGGGUGAUGGUCCUAAAUUAGUCCGAGAACUGUUCAGAGUGGCUGAAGAACAUGCACCAUCCAUAGUAUUUAUAGAUGAAAUAGAUGCUGUAGGUACCAAAAGGUAUGAUUCAAAUUCAGGUGGAGAACGGGAAAUACAAAGGACAAUGUUGGAAUUGUUGAACCAGUUAGAUGGAUUUGAUUCAAGGGGAGAUGUUAAGGUUAUUAUGGCAACUAAUCGUAUAGAAACUCUGGAUCCUGCACUUAUUCGACCAGGACGUAUAGAUAGAAAAAUCGAAUUUCCUCUACCAGAUGAGAAGACUAAGAAACGUAUUUUCAAUAUUCAUACUUCGAGGAUGACUUUAGCCGAAGAUGUAAAUCUUCAUGAACUUAUAAUGGCUAAAGAUGAUCUCUCUGGAGCUGAUAUUAAGGCGAUUUGUACUGAAGCUGGUUUGAUGGCAUUAAGAGAGAGAAGAAUGAAAGUUAUGAAUGAAGAUUUCAAGAAGUCCAAGGAAAGCGUUCUUUACCGCAAGAAGGAAGGAACACCUGAAGGACUAUAUCUUUAAAUAAAUAGCUUCACUUGCAAUUACUGAGUUGUAUUUAAUAUUUUUCAUAAUAAAUUAUGUAUAACAACA